CGCUAUUCUCAAAAAGCUAGCCCUUGCAAACUGCGUCAACCCUGACUCACGACUUUUGUAGAAUUGUUUUUACGAACUUAUUUAAUUUUUAGAACAUGCUGCGUAAAUUCGGCAAACUCCUGGGACAGCAGGUGGGACGGCAAGCACGUUUCCCCUUAGGCCGCACGCUGGCGACAACAAACGCGCUGCGUAAAGAUGCUGCAGCCAAGACAGAGGCUGCCGCGGGGCCACCAAAGAAUAUACUUGUGGAAAAAGACAACAACAUUACGCUGAUUGGAAUAAAUCGACCGCAGCAGCGCAAUGCCAUCGACUCAAUUACCGCCUCCCAGCUUUGCGAUGCCUUUGCCAAUUUCGAGGCGGACGACACAUCGCCGGUGGCCGUCCUGUACGGUGUAGGCGGGUCGUUUUGCUCUGGCUUUGAUAUAUUGGAAAUGAGUACAGAUGAGAAGGAGGAGAUCAGCGUUGAUAUACUUAUGCGUCCCGAAGGCUCAGUUGGGCCCACGCGUCGCCAGAUCAAAAAGCCGGUCGUGUGCGGCAUCAACGGCUACUGCAUCGCCAAUGGACUGGAGUUGGCGCUAAUGUGCGACCUGCGCGUAAUGGAGGAGUCUGCAGUUUUGGGUUUCUUCAAUCGUCGCUUUGGAGUACCCAUGCUGGAUGGUGGCACUAUUCGUUUACCAGCCAUGAUUGGCCUGUCUCGUGCUCUCGAUUUAAUACUCACGGGUCGCCCCGUAGGCUCGCAAGAGGCCCACGACAUUGGGCUGGUAAAUCGCAUAGUUCCCACUGGCACAGCACUGGGCAAUGCCCUGGAAUUGGCCACUUGCCUGGCAAAGUUCCCACAACGCGCUUUAAAUCAUGACCGCAACUCGGUGUAUUCAGGCGCCUUUGAGACGUCGACGUUCCAUCAGGCAGUGCAGAACGAAGUAAUGUACACGUCGCGCGAGAUAAUCGAGGACAUGCAAAACGGAAUCAAGUGGUUCAAUCAGACCUUUGAGCCGGACACCACACACUCGUGGCUGAAGCGCGAUCGCUCGAUGGCCGACUGGGAUGAUGAGGAGGUGGCAGCUGCGGCUGCGACCAAGGAGAAGCAAAAGCAAGAUGAAGAGGCCGCUCGCGCUGAGGCCGAGAAACAAAAGCUGGCCGAAAAGGCUCAGAAAAAGUCAAAGAAAACGGAGGAAAAGCCAGCCGAAAGCAGUGACCCGAACAUUGAAUCGAAAGAAAAGCCAAAGGAAACAUAGUUGAGCUUUUCCAUCAUAUGCUAUAGCUUUGUACAUAUAACACUCUCAUCCACAGUUUGAAACUGAUCCAUUUGACCUUGUUAACUUAUUCAAAUACAAAAUUAUAAGCUGACGCUGCAAAGGCGUACCAGCUCUGAUCACUA